AGUGGCCUAGUAAACGGGAACCGCCUGCCGUUGCGCUCCGCUGCAGGAUCACGCAAGCGAAGGACCUUCUCUGCUUGUCGUCUCCGAUCCGUUCCUUCUCCUUCUCGAUCGAAACCUCGAUCUUCGAUGGAUCUCUCAGAUAGAUCUCGCCAGUCCCUCAUCCCCAGCUUCCUUUACUCCACCGCGGCCUCACGAACCAUCGGCCUGGAGCGGAAUAUCUUGGGGAGGAGCCCCGUCUCCAAGGCGGCUCCUGCCGCGACGGCGAAUGAUGGCGCUUUGAUGGGAUCUGUGGUUGCCCAAGCGCCGAACGAGCCAGGGAAGAUAAAGCUGUACUCCCCUAUGUUCUACGCCGCCUGCACCGCCGGUGGGAUCGCCAGUUGCGGCCUCACCCACACGGCCGUCACCCCGCUAGAUCUCGUCAAGUGUAACAUGCAGAUUGACCCAUCGAAGUACAAGAGCAUCUCCUCAGGAUUUGGUGUCCUCCUUAAAGAACAAGGCGUCAGGGGAUUCUUCAGAGGCUGGGUGCCAACCCUGCUCGGAUACAGCGCCCAGGGGGCGUGCAAGUUUGGAUUCUACGAGUUCUUCAAGAAGUACUACUCUGAUAUCGCUGGACCUGAGUACGCUGCCAAGUACAAGACUCUGAUCUACCUCGCUGGCUCUGCUUCUGCUGAAGUGAUUGCUGAUGUCGCUCUCUGCCCCUUCGAGGCAGUUAAGGUGCGGGUCCAGACACAGCCAGGGUUUGCUAGGGGUUUGAGUGAUGGGUUGCCCAAGUUUGUAAGGUCUGAGGGCGCUUUGGGAUUGUAUAAAGGAUUGGUCCCACUUUGGGGGCGUCAGAUUCCUUAUACUAUGAUGAAAUUUGCCUCAUUUGAGACUAUUGUUGAAAUGAUCUACAAAUACUCGAUUCCAAGACCAAAGGACCAGUGUAGCAAAGAACUUCAGCUGGGAGUGAGCUUUGCUGGUGGUUACAUUGCUGGUGUCUUCUGUGCAAUUGUUUCUCACCCAGCUGACAAUCUUGUCUCUUUCCUGAACAACGCCAAGGGUGCCACUGUUGGUGAUGCCGUGAAGAAACUUGGGUUGUGGGGUCUUUUCACACGUGGACUGCCCCUUCGUAUAGUCAUGAUUGGUACUCUAACUGGUGCGCAGUGGGGAAUCUAUGAUGCUUUCAAAGUUAUGGUUGGCCUGCCAACGACUGGUGGAGUUACUCCUGCUGUUCCUGCUACAGGGCUUGACAAACUGAAAGCUGCUUGAUUGUUUAGCAUUCAUCGAAACAAAUGUCUUCUGUCAAUGAAGACCAAUUUUUUGGGAGUAAAUUCUUUUUGAAACAAUGCAUUGCUUGUUCUCUGUUCGUGGGAUGGUUUUGAUCUCAUCCCUUUUGCCUCAGCCAUUUCAUCAUACAGUGAAGAUUGCAUCUGGCAUCAUAUUAGACAGAUAAGUCUGGAAAAUAAUUGGAAGGACACUGUAGUCAUGACUGUUGUUCACGCAGUUAAUAUAUGAAAUUUAAUGCGCUUUAUUCUA